AUGCCUACCCUCGACAUAUGCCAUAUCCGCAAUAACGCAGAUCUCUACGCGCAAACCUGCCUCUCACGAAACUACCCCAACCUCGCCCCCAACCCAUCCCGCAUCAUCGAGCUCAUCGACUAUCACCAGGCUUUGCAGGAGGAUGCGAAAUCUUUACGUGAACGCGCGAAUGCUUUACAGAAGCAGCUUCUAGUGCUAAAAGUAGAGGGUCAGAACGUUGAGGGGGCGCUGAAGGAAGCGAGGGAGAUUAAGACAAAGCUUCUUGAAGUUGAGAAGGAAGAGGGGGAUGUUAUGAGCAAGAUAGAGGAGUUGGCGCUGGCGUUGCCAAAUAUCACAAGUAAGGAGACACCGAGAGGGGCCGAGUUUGAGGUUUUCUGCUAUGUCAACGCCGAUGAAAAGACUAUUCAGAUCAAGGACAGCAAGGGGAAGCCAAUUUCUCAUGUCGACAUCGGAACGCAGCUUGGGAUCAUCGACUUUGCUUCCGCUGAUGCCGCCUCCGGCAGCGGGUGGUACUACCUCGUCGGCGCCGGCGCCCUACUCGAACAAGCCCUCGUCUCCUACGCUCUUGCCUUCACAACUCGCCAAGGCUGGACUCCCGUCUCGCCCCCGUCCCUAGUCUACUCCCACAUCUCCGCAGCUUGCGGGUUUCAACCUCGUGAUAGUAGCGGUGAGCAGCAGGUUUAUCACAUUGCGCAGGAUGAGAAGGAUAAGAUAAGGGGUGUGCCCGAGAUAAGUCUGACGAGGACAAGCGAUAUUGCAUUGGCUGGUAUGAAGGCAAACGCAAUAAUUUCGGAGUCGGAGUUGCCGCUUAAAAGGGUCGCUGCUUCAAGAUGUUAUAGGCCUGAGGCUGGGGCGAGAGCAGCGGAUACGAAGGGACUGUAUAGAGUGCAUGAGCUCACCAAGGUGGAGUUAUUUGCCUGGACGAAGCCAGACAAGGAAGAGAUGAAAUACAUGUUGGACGAAAUGGUCGACAUCCAAACCGAUAUACUCGGCGCCCUUGGCCUUACAUGUCGUGUCCUCGAUAUGCCAGUCCACAACCUCAGCGCUAGAGAAACCCGUAAAAUCGCCAUUGAAGCCUUCUUCCCCUCCCGCGCCGUGGGUAAAACACCGGACGACAUCCAAGAAGCUGGCUGGGGGGAGAUCGCCUCUGUGAGUUUCUGUACGGAUUACCAGAGUCGACGGUUGGCGACGCGGAUGAGGGACGCGGGGGGUGGGACGUUAGGGUUCCCGUGGACGGUAAAUGGGACGGUGCUGGCGGUGCCCAGGGUUUUGGCGGCGUUGUUGGAGAUUGGGUGGGAUGGGGAGGAGGGGAUUGUGAGGUUGCCGAAGGUGUUGCACCACGUCCCUCUCCUCCAUGACCUCAUCCCUAAUUCCCUCACGGUGAACAAGGUCGAGCAUUUGGUGAUGGGUGCCUGGAUGCCAGUCCUUUUGCUCCUCUGGAACGUUCUCGAGUGGCGCUACAGCAGACUUAAUUUCGGCAACGAGCUCAUCCGUCAGGAGCUUACCAGCCUGCUCGAAGAUAUCCGCCUCGUGGCGCAGCUCCUCAAGAACCUAAAUGUCUACGUUAGCCCGAUAUACCUGGUCAAGACACAACUGAAUGACAAGCACGUACUGCAUUAA